AUGGCUUUAGAGCAGCAAUUAAGCUUAACCCCAACUCAAAACCCAGUUGACGGCGAUAGAACUAACGGCGUUGACACCAACGUCCGUGACGGUGGAGAUGACGGAAACAAGGCACCGAGACUCCCUCGUUGGACCCGGCAAGAAAUUCUGGUACUCAUACAAGGCAAGAGAGUGGCGGAAAACAGAGUCCGAAGAGGUCGGGCGUCGGGUAUGGGUAUCGGGUCGGGUCAAGUCGAACCGAAAUGGGCCUCAGUAUCUUCUUACUGUAAAAGACAUGGAGUGAACCGGGGACCGGUUCAGUGUCGGAAAAGAUGGAGCAAUUUAGCAGGUGAUUAUAAGAAGAUAAAAGAAUGGGAGUCUUCAAUAAGAGAAGAAACGGAGUCGUUUUGGGUUAUGAGGAAUGAUUUGAGAAGAGAAAGGAAGUUGCCUGGAUUUUUUGAUAGGGAGGUUUAUGAUAUUCUCGAUGGUGGUGGUGGUACGGUACCGGGAUUGGCGCUGGCUUUGGCGCCGUCUUCGACGGCAGUUGAGGUGGAGACAGUAGCGGAGGAGGUGAUUUUCGAUAGCGGACGGAGUGCAGCUGUGGAGGAUGGGUUGUUUUCGGAUUUUGAGCAGGAGGAGGGAGGAAGGAGUCCGGAGCCUGUAGUUAAGGAGGUGCAGCCGAUAAAGGCGGCGGUAACGGCGGGGGUUGCUAAUCCGACGCCGAUUUCAGAGAAGCAGUACCAUCCAGCUCCGCGAGCAAGUCAAGCUCAAGGUCCAACAAAUGAUAAAAGGCCUGCUACAACUCCUGAGAUGGGUUCUGCUUCGCACGAGGAUAGGAAACGGAAACGGUUUGCAAUGGAUGGGGAAGAGGAAACCACUAGUUUGCAGAGUCAUUUGAUUGAUGUCUUGGAAAGGAAUGGCAAGAUGCUGACUGCUCAGCUUGAAGCUCAGAACACCAAUUUUCAGUUGGACCGGGAGCAGAGGAAGGAUCAUGCAAAUGGCUUGGUUGCUGUUCUUAAUAAGCUGGCGGAUGCCCUUGGGAAAAUAGCGGAUAAGUUGUAG